AUCCAGCAAGGUUUUCGCGCGCUUAAGCAAAUUUUGUGCGUAAGCAGCUCUAUGAAAUUAGCCCCAGCUGGCCAUAAAGGCCGCGCCGCUGACUCGGACUCUCGUGUGAACUACGCGUGGGCUUGCGUGGGACACCACAGUGAAGCAACCCCCAGUUGUCGAAAUUCGAAGUGUCGGCACCUGAUUUUGACAUCAACGGACUUGUGUAUGCAAUAUCGAUCAGUCACAGUCUGAUCACUUAUCACAGAAUCUUUAAAGCAAACGGACUGACCCGUAGUGAACUUGAGCCAGUAAAUAACGAGGUCUCUUGGUGUUGCCAGGAUUAUCCAUGUAACCAAUCACGGGAUGAACUCUUCUGACCUCUUCCGGCGGUUGUUAGACCUAUAUACUUACCUUCUAACGACGGCGCUUUGAAACCACGUCCUUUUUAUAGGGUUGCGGACUGAUAAUUGGGCCAAAAAAUAUGUAAAGCUGGGCUCAGAAACUGCUUUAGUCAUGAUCGUUAGCCCGAAAUGAGCCCUUUGUCCAGGCACCGUGCAAGCAGGUUGAGUAGUUUUGCCGUUGCCACAAAACCUGAAGCCAUUACCUGGGCCGAUUCUGAUGCAGCCACAGUACAAUGCAGGACUGGUGUCUCCCCUUGUCAAGGCAGAGGCACAAAAGGAUUUACCUAAGGAUGGCGAUAGCGUCAGUUCUGUAUUCCUUUUACUGAGAAGUCUCUUUUGAGCUACUCUCAAGAGCGAAUUGCCUCUUAUAGUCACAGUAAAUAGAUUGUGUGUGUGCUACAGGCGGAAGUCAAACGGUAGGCGUUGAACAAAUCAAGUCAAGGACCCUGCAUGAGUGGGUUGAACCGAUCGCACUAGCGUUUCCCCUUAAGAGGGAGAUCCGGCUGUGACAGUCAGCUACUCGAAGUGGAUUUCGACAUUUUACUAUGUGGUCUGGUCAUAUGACUGAAGAUUGCUUUCAAGGUCUGGUGAGUUGAUGAUGUACUUGGGUCACAAUUAAGACUGUCAUUGGCUGUGACCUCUUGCAGAAAUCUGCUUAUGAUAUUGCUUUCAAACAACCAGAAACAACCAGAAUCAUCAGGCUUAUGCCCACUACGAGCGCCCUGAACUAUCAAAGGUUCUGACAAUGACCUUACGUACGGACGUGCCUUAACUACCGGGUAUCCGCACUCAAUGCCGGUAACUUUGGGAGCUACGUGUGGGCCGCCACGGUGAGGUAACUGAUAAAGAUACGUCGCCUGAUACUUACGAAAUUACUUCGUCAUUUUACGGAAAUUUCCGAGUACCCAAGCCGCAAAGCUGUGGGAAACUAAUUGGAAAUAUCGGCCGUACAAGAGGAAAACCAGAAACGGAAAAACCUUUGGUACAGCGAUAGGAAAGUGCGGUGUGGAUCAUAAUUUUAGGUACAUACGAAAUAAUACCUCAGUGGAAGGGCCAACUAUGAACUCGAUAAAAGGGAGAACUGGUGACUAGUGGGAAGUGUCUUCAAAAAAACUGUGUAACAAAACUCCGGACUGUUAAAAAGAAAAAUAAACUUGCCUCUCCUCUGGUCAACUUGCCUCUUCCGUCGUGAAGAUGAAGUCCCAUAUUCUGCAGGUUUCUUCUGUGACUUGCAUUUGCCUGCUGGUUAUUUUGUUAUCCGUCGACGGCAAUCCUGUCGAGAAAGCAGAGGGAAAUGCUCGCAAAGACCAAGACCCUAAAAGUGGGGACAUAGAUUUGUCCAAGCCAGGAACCUGUCCUUCUGAACAAAUUGUCUCUAAGCACAGUCUGGCAGUGUGUACCUUGGACUGUCUCUUUGACCUGGAGUGUUCGGGAACCAUGCGAUGCUGCCCGGACAGUUGCGGUGGGGCGGCUUGUAUUGAGACUACGGAAAAUGAAGAUAAAUCCAGCACAAUUCAGCCAGCAACAGAGACGAUCACCAGCCCUGCCAGAGCCAGCAGUGAAAGUGCAGAUAGCACUACGCCUGAACCAACAGUCUCUGCUACGAUCAGGACAAGAACCGCAGAAGCUACGGCUUCCUCUGACAACAAUGCAGAGUCAGAUUUACACCUUGACGGGGAUGCGGUUGUCAACGUAUCAGUCGUUGUCGGCAAGGACUUGGUUCUCCACUGCAACAUCUCCACGACUGGGAGUGAGCCGCUGCUGUUCUUCUGGAUGGUGCAGACGGACGGUGGCUUUCUUUCGUGGUCAGAUGUGACCUCGACCGAUAACAAGCGAGUGUCUCACGGAGGAGCUUGGUUGGAGAUUCUCGGAGCGACGCUACAAGACUCCCAGAGCUUUGUCUGCUUUGGGGGUCAUUCGAUCGGUUACCUGACGCAAACCUACAUGGUGACUGUGACAGAGAAACCAGAGACCAGUCAAGGGAGUCCACCGGACAGCUGUGCCAACGACGCCUGCAUGAAUGGAGGCUCGUGCAUCGAGGAGGAGGACCACACCUACCACUGCGUGUGUCCAGAUGGAUAUCAAGGAGAGGGCUGCACUGAGGUACUGAACCCCUGCGGGCAACAUCCCAACAUCUGCCAAAAUGGUGCUACGUGUGUGGCCGCCGACAGCCAUUUCUCUUGCAAGUGUGCUCCCGACUGGGAGGGUGUACUUUGCCAAGACAGGGUAAGCGCGUGUCGCAGCUCCCCUUGCCUCAACGGCGGAGAGUGCGUUGAUUUGGUCGACACCUUCCGGUGUGUUUGCCCUCCCAAAUUUUCGGGACUCCGCUGCAAGGAGAAGCGGCCCGUGACGACGGAGACGAGUAGAGAAGAGACUACUCUGCCUCCUACCACAGUGCCGAUGUCCGAUGCCUGCUACUUGCCACUGGAUAUGGGCACCUGUUCGAGAAAGGAAACUAAAUGGUACUACGACACGGAGACGGAGCAAUGCCGGCCUUUCGUCUACAACGGCUGCCGGGGUAACGCCAACCGAUUCUCGAGCUACGACAACUGCCACUGGGAGUGUCCCCGGCUCCCGGCCGACCCUUGCGCCCAUCCCAUCGUCACAGGACGAUGCAAAGCCAUGAUUCCCAGAUGGGCGUACAGCGCUGAGAGCCGUACCUGUGUGGAGUUCGUGUACGGUGGUUGCCUGCCAACGGGGAACAACUUCCUGACACGGGAGCAGUGUGCUCAGACAUGCAUGUCAGAUACCCCACAGCAGUGUGAAGUGUGCAAUCCACCAAGCCUUGCAAUGGCCUACUGUAAUAGUGACUUUGUGAUCACUGGCAUCGUCCGUCGACAGUUGUUUGCCGAUGGUACACUAAAGACUGUCGUCUUGGAACUGACCAGGCGUUACAAAGGACACAAUUUAACACUCCGGCGGUCCAAAUUCCUCGACGAGCCGAUUUUCAUCGUCAAGAGUCGAUCCCAAGAAUCGGAUACGUGCCGUAACGACUGUUUCAAAGACCUGGAGGACGGCAAGGAAUAUAUUCUGACCGGAACCCUGUCGAGAGAGGGCGGUAGCACUACCGCCCACCUCACCAGCAAGAGCUACGUCAAGCCCGUUGUCGGCAGAAGGCUGACCAAAUUAGAAAUGAUCAAGAAUGACAGAGCUUUCAAUAGAAGAUGCUCGCGCCGACUGGAAACCCCACUGUAGGGAGCUGACAGUAAAAGUUUCCUACAACUAUAAAAGAAGUGAUUUCCUUUACUCAACGUGGGGAUCCCGGAAGUUGUUUUUUUGUACGGAGCGCUUACAUGCCAGAUAGGAUUGCUUGAAGGGUUGGUUUUAAGGUUAAAGUGUGUGGUAUAACUUUUAAUUUAAAUCACUUGUAAUUAGUUUGUAGAUUGCCCUAGGGGUAAAAUCCAGCCGCAUGAAACGAGCCAAAUCGGUACUCCAACAGCACAUGCUCAAAGGAAGUGCGCCCGAGGUCAUUUCAGCGCGAUCCUACGCGGACUCGCGCACGCGCUUUAUUCGCCAAUGGCCUAGCUUUUUUGAAACACCGAUCUGGCUCGAGCAGGGACACGUUUUAAACACCGCUUCCAGUCCGGCAAUAGUUCUGAUAUUUUGCAUCUGGCCAGUUCCAUCUCUCUGUAAUGGCUACUUAACAGACUGAUGUUUUAAAAAGGUCAACAGUUCACUGAUUGUAGGGCCUACCCUUAAAUUCGCACUUGUUACUUCACCGUGGCUGUACAGGUACACAAAUGCUGCCAUUAUUUUCCCAAUUUAAGACGGAAGUGUUAAAUGAUGAAUCAUUAUCAUUUGUGCAAAUUAGUAUGCAUAAAUGUGGUCGACACGGUAGACAAAUGUAGAGAAUGUAGUUGCUUCUUUGUGCAUGUCGUGUGCGCAUAAUUAUAAAGGCCUGCAAGUUGUGGUCUUCUUGUUAAUCUUGAUGGUACUGUAUUUUUUAAUGUAAUCAUAGAGAUAAUUAGACAAUCCACCUAUUUUCCAGCAACAGAGGCUCCAUUGUUGGGAACUGCUGGUUCACAAACGAUUAUGAAAUGCACGCCUUACGGUCGCAUGGCUACCAGCAAACUAAAUAUAUCAUUCCCACCAAAAUGCCUCUUUUUAACCGAUGAGGGGGUGCUUCUGCUCAAGGCGGAUAAAACAUAACUGUGGGUCUAUCAAAGUUUCCUUCAGCGUUGUUGUUGUGUAUCGUGUUCUGCCCUUUCUUGUCAUGGCCAGAACUGUUGUACUGUCAUAGCUGCACGCGCAAAUAAUAAACCACAAUAAAGCAAGUGCUACCCGUAAGAAUGUUUCACUGCAAUCAGGAGGCCUUCACAUUAUGUACAGAGCGAUUAAAAAUAAUGAAAAAAGUGUUGCCUUUGAUCGUGUUGGUUCAAAUGUUUGGAUAGAUGAAAAGUGAUUUUCGAUGUGCUUGUUAUGUUUCAA